CACCUGUCCGUCAGACCGGCCCGCCUCGAGCCCGGAGAGGAGACGGGGUAGUGAUCAUAUAACGGCAGAAUAGAUCAAACUUUUUCAAUAUUAACUUUAUUUGAUCACAACCUUAUUUUAUCCAGGGCUUCGUUUUAUUUUAUCACAUUUUGUUCGCUAUCUUAUUUGAUUAAAACCUUGUUUGAUCGUAACUUUAUCGAUUCCUUAUCGGUCGACAUGAAGGCAGUCAGUCCGCUGCGGUCGAGACCCGGCAGCGGGGGUCUGCUCCCUGGGAGGAGGACCCGGGGCAAGAGCCCGGUGCUCCCGGAGGAGGGGCUGUCCGACAUGGAGCGCUGCUACCGGCUCCUGCGGGCAAUGGUCCCGGGUCUCCGGCCGGACCGGAGCCUCAGCCGGGUGGACCUCCUCCAGCACGUCAUAGACUACAUCCUGGACCUGCAGACGGCGCUGGAGCCCGGACCCACGGCCGGUAGCCCCCAGACCCAGAACCUCCGGGACCAAGAGGACCCCCCGUGGAGCCCGCGGUCCGCAGCCCCUUCCGACGUCCGCGCGCUCACCUUCCAGAAGUUGGAACCCUGACCUCCGACCCGACUGGCGGGCCUGCUCCACCAGGGAGGCGGGACUACAGGCCCCCCGGGGCGGGUCAUGAUCCGACGCUAGUGGGUGAGGUGGUCCAGCGGACCGCUGUUCUCCACCGGGAGUCAGUUGGACCCACCUUGGACCAUACAGGACGCGCCAGACUCUAAACCGGCGUUACGUUGGUCCUCUCCGGCUCCGGACCUGUAACUGGUUUCUGUAUUCUACUGGUUUUAUUGGGACUAACUGAACAUUUCUGGCCUGCUGCAGGGUGGCCUGCGUUGCACUUUUAUACAAAUACACGAUAAUGUAGCAUUAAAUAUUAAAGUAUGUUUUGAGGAAUGCAUAUAUAUUAUAUGAACGGUGCCGUUUUGAUAAGUGGACUAAAGACUGAAUGGAAUCAUGUUAUAUUGUUAAUUAGCCGAAUAUUAACGGACUUAUUUUGAAGUUGCUCUGUGGCGACAUCUUGCGGCGGUGGUCUGUCAUCGCCGGUUAAAAGAUGUACCUGGUUUGACAGUUUAAUUUUUUAACUCUACUUCUUUAAGUAGACCUACCUUAAGUUUUGACCAGCAAACUAUCCCUUAUAUCUACUGUUUGUUUUCUUUGGAUAAAUGAUUCUGCAAAAUUACUAAAUGUUCAACUCCAAAUAGAUGGCAUAACUUUAAGAAAAAAAUACAAGACUUACAACAGUUUCUGUAACCAAAAGCAUUUUAUUUUAAAUGGCUCCACCUUAAGACACUUCUUGAUGCCAGUUACGGCUUUUAUUCAUCUUGGAGUGUCACAGAUAUAACAUUAAAUAUUCACAUCACAAGGCAUGCAAAACACCAGCGAUUUAACACAAGCAUGCGUGUGGAUUUUCACUACAUGCGUGUUGAUUUUCCCUACAUGCGCUUCGAUUGGUCCAUGCUUUUAACUCCUAGGUUUCACCUCGUCACAUUUAUUAAGCAUUUUAUUUAAGCGCACAGCGACAAACGACAGAAGCAGGUUUAAAACGGGAGCAGGUCUUCUAGUUGCUAUGGUUUCUAGGACGACUGUAGUCAUGUGUUGUCCUUAAUAACUCGCGAGACAAACAUAACGCAGUAUCAACUUCACAUCACAACUUGUUAACACUGAACUUCUAUUCAUAACCUCCUGGUGGGUCAGAAUAAGAUGACAGACGGGAACAGACUUAUUUAGAGUUGAGUCAACGGGCGUUAGGUUAGUUAGUGGUUUAA